AUGAGGUCCAUCACCAGCAUUGCAAUCGCGGCUUCCCUUGCCGCCGGUGUUGUGGCCCAACCCCACAACCACCGUCACCACCACGUCAAGAAGGAUGCCGCCUCGCCUAUUGGUAAGCGAGACGUCGUCGUCGUGUACGAGAACGGCCCUACCGUGACCACCUAUGAGCUUGGAGGAACGCCCAUCAGUGAAGAGGAGGCGAAGAAGGGUAUUCAAGACGGUCUGUACGUCGUCAUUGGCGAGACCACCCCCAGCUCGAGCCCUCUCCCUCCUGCUUCGACCUCCAAGUCCCCCCAGCCUUCGAAGGAUGCCCAAUUCUUCGAGGCAAAGGUUGAGAAGUCCACCCCCUCGCCGACUCCGACCCCGACCCCGACCCCGACUCCGUCGCCCUCUCCUUCGAGCAAGGCAGCUCCCACCUCCACCGCGUCCCCAAGCGGAGGUUCCAGUGGCGGCGGUGUCGACUCCGAAUUCCCCAGUGGCACGAUUCCUUGUUCCCAUUUCCCCUCCGACUACGGUGCGGUGCCCGUUGACUAUCUCGGUACCGGCGGCUGGACCGGCAUCCAGAAAACCCCCGACUACAGCAUUGGCGAUGCGGUCAUCUCUUUCAUCGAGACCGCCGUCUCGGGUGACUCUUCAUGCCCCAAGAAGUCAUUCUGCUCGUACUCUUGCGGUGUUGGCUACCAAAAGACACAGUGGCCUUCCGCCCAGGGUGCGACCAAGCAGUCCAUCGGUGGAAUCUACUGCAACAGCAACGGGUUCCUGGAGCUCACCCGACCCGAAAAGACAACCCUCUGCGAACCCGGCGCCGGCGGUGUCACUGUGAAGAACGACCUCGACCAGCAGGUCAGUGUUUGCCGUACCGACUACCCUGGUACCGAGUCCAUGGUCAUCGCCACCGUUCCUCAGCCUGGCCAGACGUUGGAACUGACCAACCCGCUCUCUUCCGACUACUACGUCUGGGACGGCAGCCCUACCACCGCCCAGUACUAUGUCAACAAGGCCGGCUACAGCGCCGAGGACUCUUGUGUUUGGAAGAGCUCUUUGGACCCUCUUGGCGCUGGUAACUGGGCGCCCAUCAACGUUGGUACUGGCAAGAGCGCCGACGGCAACACGUACAUCUCCAUCUUCAACAACGCACCCACCUCGGUCGCCAAGCUCGAUUUCAACGUUGAGAUCGUCGGUGAUGUUAACAGCAAGUGCGCGCUCAUUGACGGCGUUUACACUGGAGGUGGCACUGGCUGCACUACGGCCAUUUCCGGCAAUGGAAAGGCCACCAUCCGAUUCUUCAAGUAA